AUUUGUUGACGGUUGCUAUGUUUUUGAACCAUUUCACAUGUAAACAAUGAAUUGUGAUGAAGUUUCGUUUUCAUGAAAAGAAAAGUCUGAAAUCUGGUUUUGGUGCUUAUAGUCUUUUUCAGAUUUGUAUAUGAAUUUUAAUUAUAGUUUGUUAGUUUGACAGUGUGUGUUUGUAAUGUAUUGAGAUUGGAAAUGUUUACAAUAGGUUAUAAUUCGUCGAAAUUUUAUUCUGAUGUUAUCAACAUUUGUAUGUUUCUACUGCGAUCCUUUCAAUAAUCUCAAAACUGAUAUUAUUCUUUUUUAAUAAAUUUCUUGAAAUGGGUAUAUACCAUCAGAGAAUAAAUCAGUUUUUACUCUCCUUGUAAUACAUAUCCUGAAUGAAUAUCUCGCAGCAGAGAAUAAAUCGGAUUGCUUUAAUUAAAGUAAAUUAACGUACUAUGUUAUAAGAUAUAUUUUAAUCUAGAAGUAGCAAACUUGAAGUAGAAGCGAAGAAGUUAAUCACUUGAAAUGUCGAAUGUUGAAGUUCUUAUAUUGGUUAGAUGAAUGCAGGUGGUGCAACAGAUGUGACUGCAUCGAGUGGCAGAAUUUAGGAGCGGCAAAAAAUUUUAGAAUUAAUUGAAGCAUUGAGCAACAAAAUUUAAUGAUGGCAAAUUUCUUAGAAUUUAGAACAUGCACUGGCCAGUAGGAUUUAGAAGCAGCAAAAUUUUUAGUAUUAAUGGAAGCACUGGACAACAGGACUUGCAAAGAUUGCUGUGGGUGGUAAAAUGUGAAGGAUUUGUCCAAAAAUGCGAAUAUGACAGAAAAGCAAAAGAAUCUCUUUGAAGAUUUGGGAAAACCUACAUUACGAGGUGUAAGAAAAUGCCCCAAAUGUGGCACUUAUAAUGGCACUAGAGGACUGUCAUGUAAAAAUAAAGCUUGCAAGCUUAUUUUCAAAGUUGUUAAAGAAAAGAUUAAGACAAGUUCUGCUACAGAUGCUGUAAAAAUAAAUAAUAACUCAAAUUUACAGAUUUAUUCUGUCAAAUUCCAAGACUCCAGUGAUGACCUUCGUUGCUUUGUGCACCUUCCUAUUAUUGAGGGCAUAGAAGCAUUGCAAGAUGCUUCAGAAAUUACAGUAAUUAAGAGAAGUGCAGCAAUAUGUUAUGCAAAAAGUUGCAGAAAACCUCUUGAUGAUAUGUGUACUAUAACAUUAAACUUAAAUCCCUGUGCACAUGCUGAUUUGGUUGUGAAUUGUGUUGCUCAUGCUGAACCAUUAAAUUUGAAGAAAAUUAUUCUAAAUGUCUUGCCUAUUUCUCAUGAGGUACAAGAAGAGAUCUGGUGCUUAGCUUCAAAAUCUGAUGAGUAUCUUAUUCAGAGAGUAACAAAAAGUACAUUCGCUAUAAGAUGUAACCCAGAUGAUCAACAUCCUUUAGGCUUCCUUCACUUUUCUGUUUUUGAACCUGGUAAAAAUUCUCGAAAGUAUAGAAUUCUAUGCGAAUGCCAAAGUGAGAUUACCAAACCUUUUGUGCCAAAAGAAAAGAAUAUAUGCAUUCAUUUUUAUAUAUGCAUAUGUGCUUUUGCAAGUGAAGCAAGACUUUUGGAAGAAUUUAAACCCUUAGUUCAGUCUGUUCUUUCUUCAGGCAUAUCAACAGGUCCUAUUGGCAUGAGUGAAAACAAAGCUGAAUUGAAAAAUUUAAGAGAUAUUUUUCUUGAUGGUGAUGGUUUAUCUCCCUCUCCUCCAAAAAGGAAAAAGAAUGAAUCAAAAUAUGCAGGCACAUUAUAUCUGCUUCAAGAAAAUACUACUAAAUCAAUUAGAUCGCAGAAGAAACUGAAUAGUAAUACCAACAAAAAACAGACAUUGGUUCCAAAUGAUAUGCUGGAAUCUAUCAGUUUUGAACAGUGGCUUGCAAGUGUCACUGAGAGAAUAAACCAGACCAUGCAUUACCAAUUCACUGGUUCUCCAGAGCCUUUAGUAUUUCACGUUCCUCAAAAAUUUUUUGAUAUUUUACAACAGAGGAUAUCAGCUGGUUCAAAGAAAAAACGCCUUCCUAACACUGUUGUAGCUUUCAGCAGAAAAGAUAGUUUGCCAUUAGGAAUAUUUUCGAAGUACACUUGGCACAUAACUAACAUUCUUCAUGUAAAGCAAAUAUUUGACACCCCAAUAAUGCCUCUGGAAAUCACUAGAAGCUUUAUAGAAAAUAGAGAUGGUACAUUUUCACCAUGCGAACCACCACUUCAGAAUGAAAAAGAUGAUGUGACAGAAAACUUUAGAAAAAAAAAUAACUUACUAAUUAAACCAUUUGAGUUGAAAACAUUUUUAAAAGUGGGAAAUAUGACUUUGGAUCAGAAAUUGCCAACUCCAUUUAUAGUUGAAUGGAUACCAGAUGUUCUACCUAAAACUCAUGUGGGAGAAUUAAGAAUAAAGUUUGAAUAUGGACAUCAGAGAAAUGGCAUUAUAGGAAAUCCAUUUAGUACACACGUGCAAUCACAGCCUAAAAGUACUUGCAUUUAAAUUUCAGUAAAUUUUAACUAUUUUCUUCUUAUAUACAAUUAUAAAAAAACUAUUUUUAAACUUAUGCUAAUUGUCAUUUGAGCAUAAUAUAUGAAACAAAACCCUAUGUAAUAUAUGCAUGUUAGCUUUGUUUUUUUUUAUUUUAUAUAAAAUUUAUUAAUUAUUAAAAACUAUACAUAUUUUAUUGAAUUGUCUUCCUUAAUUAUAGGGCAAGUUUAACAUUUAAAUGGUGGUAAUAGUUUAUUGUUUUGCAAAAUAUGAUAAAAUAUACAGAAGCUAUAUAAUUAGUAGAUUAAAAGGCUUUUAUUAAUUAAGUCAUACUUAAGUGAAAUAAUGAAAUCAGUUUUUAUGUGGAAAAUGUACAUACGUAUUCCUGGCCAUUAAAUACAAUGAGACGA